AUGGAAUCAACUAAAACCGGUGAGAGAAACAAACAUUUUCCCGCCACGUGCCGAUCCUUCAGACGCCACGAAUCCUCUGCUGAGCGGCGCCGGAGAGGCCGCAAAGUGGGACAAUUUGGUGACGUUACAAUGGAAAAAUUUGAAAGUAACAACAAAAGCGGGUCGAGUUCUGCUGAACGGAGUGAGCGGAUGCGCGGUGCCGGGCGAGGUGAUCGCUCUGAUGGGAGCGAGUGGAGCCGGCAAGACGACCCUGCUGAACACGCUGCUCCAGAGGAACUUGAGAGUGGGUUCAUCGAUUCUUCGGCUACGAACACGUUCACUUUCUUUUUCAGGGUCUCGAUGUGGAAGGCGAGAUAUUGGUGAACGGACAGAACAUUGGGAAGGGCGUGACGAGUGUGUCCGCCUACGUGCAACAGGAAGACCUGUUCCUCGGCACUCUGACUGUCCGUCAAGAUCUCUGUAAAUGUCUAGAAUACGUUGUCAUGUCAGGUGAAAGAGCACCUGAACAUCCAAGCGAAACUGCGUCUUCCGCCGGGCACUUCAUCGGCCGAACGGGCGCGGCGAGUCGACGAAGUGAUGAAGGAGAUGCUGCUGGAGAAGCCGCAGAACAGUCGGAUCGGCGUGCCGGGCAUCAAGAAGGGCAUCUCGGGCGGCGAGAUGAAACGACUCGCGUUCGCCACCGAGAUGAUCAACAAUCCGCCGAUCAUCUUUUGCGAUGAGCCCACCACCGGCCUCGAUUCGCACAUGUCUCUGCAAGUGGUCAAGGUGGGCGAGGGUUUUCUCGGUAAUGGGCCUAUUCAGGGAAUGAAAAAAUGAUUAUUUUCCGUUUUUUUCCCCCUAUUCAGCGAUGUCAAAAAAUGGAAAAAAAACGGAAAGAAAUGCAUCGCUCGCAUCGCUUUUUUCCGGCGGGUCUCGCAACGAUUUCCCGGACGCGAUGCAUGCGGCUACUGUGAGUGACGUUUUAUGAGUGGAUUUACGAAAAUUUUUCUACUUUUUCAGCGAAAUUGCCACGUUUUACCGUUAUUUUGAACCGAUUUUUACCGAAAAGCUCAAUGUUUUGAACGAUAUGACGAGGCACUCGAAACUAUACAAAAAAAAAUGAAUUCAAACGAAAUCGGUCGGAAAUAGCGGUAAACGUGGCAAUUUCGCAUCAGUUACCAGAACAGAUAAAUAAGAACUGAAAUUCCGUUGAAAAUCGGUUGAAAAUAGCGGGAAAACGUGGCAAUUUCGCUGAAAAAUUAGAAAAAAAAUUCCCCCUUCUCGUAAAUCCACUCAUAAAACGUCUCUCACAGUAGCCGCAUGCAUCGCGUCCGGGAAAUCGCUGCGAGACCCGCCGGAAAAAAACGCUGCGAGCAAUGCAUUUCUUUCCGUUUUUUUCUUCAUUUUUUGACAUCGCUGAAUAUGGAAAAAACCGGAAAACAAUCAUUUUUUUCAUCCCCUGAAUAGCCCCAUAAAAGUGCGCAACUUUUACGCAACUUCAAAUGAUAAGUUGCGCAAGGUUUGCGCGAAAAUUGCUGAAAGCUGCGGCCUUCUACCGAGAAUCCGUUUUGGCUACAGACCCUUGAAGAGAUGGCGGUGGAGCAGGGAAAAACGAUCAUCUGCACAAUUCAUCAGCCCUCAUCGGAAGUCUUUGAAAUUUUUGACAAAGUGAGCGAACGAUUGCUGUAUUCUAUCCGUUUCCAUUUCUCGUUCAGGUCGUAUUUCUGGCUCAGGGAAGAAUCGCCUUCCACGGAGCCAUCGACGAGGCGAUCCAUCAUUUUUCGGCGUGCGGAUACCAAGUGCCCGACCACACGAACCCCGCCGAUUACUUUAUUGAUGUGGGAGCAUCGGGAACUAUUCUGACCUUAUUGUAGACAUUUUAGACCCUUGCAAUCAAGCCGUCCGAAGCGGACGCAUGCAAAAUCAGAUGUACAGAGUUGUGCGACAAGUUCGAGAAGAGUGUCUACCAUGAACGUCUUCUUAAACUGAUGGAUCAGACGAAAGGUGUCCGCGCGAUGACACCCCACCACUCGGCCGCCUAUUGUGUGCUCCUAUUCGCUCUUUUCCACAGGUUCUCCAGGCGCCGUCAUUUUCGAUCGAUUCCAACACAAUUCAACUUCAGAUACAUGCUCGACAACAUUCGGAAUCCUGCAAUCAUGAAAGCGAAACUGUUUCAGAAGCUCUUUAUGGGACUCUUCAUCGGCUUCCUCUUCUACAGUUUGGAUGUCGAUCAGGUACCGUAAUCCCUUCCAUCACCUUAAUGCAAUCAUUUCCCAUUCGAAGGACGGUCUCGUCGGCUUCAAAGGCGCCCUCUUCUACUACAUCUCCGAACUGACCUACUCGACAAUCUUCGGAAUCCAGGCGUUCAUGCCGGCCGAUUACCCGCCGCUCGUGCGCGAGUACGACGACCGAAUCUACCCGAUUUCCGCCUACUACAUCGCCAAAAUCCUCUCGUUCCUGCCGAUUUUCACCGUCGACGGCGUCGUUCUCGUCGUCGCCUCCUACUUUUUCGUCGGUUUCCCGGUCAGUGUGCACCGCUUUUUCCGUCAGAUUUUCACGUGUAUGGUCAUUGAAUGGAACGUCGCCGCGCUGGGAAUCGCCGUUUGUGCGGUCAGUGUUACCGCGCUCCAAUUGCGAAUCAAAUCAAUGGUCCCUUCCCUUCCAGACUGCUCCCUCCUACGCGAUCGCCGUCACUGUCACCGGUCCGUUGCUCACAAUCUUCUCGUUGACGGGCGGUCUGUUCACAAAUGUGUCCGAGAUGCACGGAUGGAUCAGUUGGGUACAGUACCUUUCAUGGUGGGGACUCGCCUUUUUCCUCAAGCCAUUUUCAUUUCCCGUGUUCAGGUUCCGUUACGGAUACGAAUCGCUGGUUGUGAAUCAGUUUGAAGACGCGAAAUUCGACAAUAUCACUUGCAAAGCCAUCGAUCCGCACGGCCACAAACGCACGGUCCCCGAUAGUUUGUGCGAAAAGAGUGGGCGUACGGUCGUCGAGGUACACUAAUCCGUUUUAGAUUCUAUAAGAGUAUCCCCCCGUUUUUCAGAACUUUUCGUUCAGUCAAGCCAACUUUUAUACGAAUUGGAUGGCGAUGAUCUAUUUGACACUUGUGAUUUACGUCAUCGGCUACAUGGGUCUCGUGAGGAGAGUUAUUGCGAACCGAUAA